GGCCUUUUCGAGUUCACCUAGACCCUUUUUGAAAACAAUAAACUGAACUUCACUUUUCACGUUCUCCCUCGAAACGAACAUCCCUUUCGAUCGUGCAGCAGAUAAACCAUUCCGCGGAUCCGCCCAGCACCAAACUCUAGCCCAAACUCAUCUAGUAGCUGGAGUAACAACAAGAUUUCUUUUUGAGAAAUCAUAUCUGGUAGGAGUAUUAAUCAAGGACAAUGGUACAAAGGGUCACCUGAUAUAAACAACCGAAAAACAAAAAGGAUGAAGUCAACAUCGAAAACCGAGCAAACUGAGCUCUCACUCAUUCAAUCUGCAAAACACGUUGCCUGGCAACAACUACUACCCUGCAAGUGCAUAUGAACGCUAAUCUUGCCGCUCGCCCUCGCGCGCACACGUGCUCUCACAGGAACCCCACAUCCCAGAGCCAUGCCAAGGCCGCGCGCCACCACCAUCAUAUCAGCAUAGCAGCUCGCUCCCCGGCCCGACCAACAGCGUCUGUACUUAAUUAGCACCCGUCCCCCUGGCUCGAUCCCACCACUUCUCCUCUAAGGUCUCAGCAUCCCCUGAUGGCCUGAUCCCCCCCACCACCGAGAGUACGACGACACGACGCAACUAGAUCCCCACGUCCUCCACGGCGGGCCACCCUGGGCGGGGGAGAUCCGAUCGACAUGUCCCGCGGCCUCGUCGAACGCGCCAACAGCGACCUCGGCCACAUCGCCAACUCAAGUACUAGUACAGCAACGGCAACAGGCGACGACCUCCACCGCCGCCAAUGCACGAAUAACAAGCAGAGGCUGGCGCUUCUCUUCUCCGGGGCCGGUGCCGGCGCGUGGAGACGAAGCGAGGCGGCGACUGCUACUAGUACCAGGGCAGAGACCGGCGGCGGCGGCGGCGGCAGCAAGAAGAAGCAUGUCCAAGGAAGCAGCAUAGGGCCGCGGGUGAAGAAGUACAUGGCCAAGGCGGAGCAGCUCCUCGCGUCCUUCUCAUCCGGUGGCAGCGCUAGCGGCGGCAGGAGGGACGAUGAUGACAGGCGGCGGCGGCGGGGCCCGAGUAUUAGUAACUCGUUCCCUUCCUCCUCCGGCUCCGGCAGAUGGCCGUCCAAGCGGCACGGGUGGGAUGGGAUCAGGCUGUUCUCGGAGCCCGCGUCGCUGCGGGGGUCACCCGCCAACAGCGGGCGCCUCUCCGCGAGGGGGGUAAUACCGAAAGCGCCGUCGUCGGAGGAGGACCUGCAGAGCGCCAUUCAGGCCGCCAUCGCGCACUGCAAGAACUCGUCCGUCGCCGCGGCCAAGCAGCUGCCGGCGGCGAUCGACCGAGCCAGACAGGUGUGAAUUAAUAUCGAGGCGGUGGCGCGCGCGGCGCCGCGCGUCGUCUUUCAUGCCGGUGGCAGACUCGGACAUACGCACGCACGCACGACCUGCUACCCACGUCACGGGAUCAUGUUUGUAUGUGUCUGCACUGUACGUAGCCUGGGCGUGAGAAGUUUAAAUGCAUGGCUGAAAGUGUCUAGUUUUCAUGCUGGAACUAUAGCCACCCAGGCGGGACCAAAUUCAGGUUUUGUGAAUUUAGGCGCAUGUAAAGAAAUUCAUGAUUUUUUUUGGAUUAUUAAGACGUCCUUGUAUUGUUUACGUCAAGGUAGUAGAAAGUUGCUAAUUUAGCCAGAACUGAACUUCCAUGAUUCAACAGUACGUACAAGCCGAAGCAUUUCUGCUCGAUCCGUUAUUUCCACUAAUGGUGGAGGACCGCUGGUACUCCGUACUUGGCAGUGAUCAUCGCCACGAUCAUUUCGAAAGUUCCAUCCACCUGGUCUGCCGGCCCGUACCGCGCGCGCCCCUCGGUCGUCGCCGGUUUCAUCAGUGAAAGCGACCGGUGGUUGGAUGGUUUCUCCAAUUUAAACCGCCGCUGGAUGGAUGGAUGGAUGGAUGGAUGAUGGAUCUAUCGAAUCCAGCUGCACUCCUGUAGUGCAGUAAUGUCAGCUGCUGAAUCAGUUGAACGUGCAGGGACCAACGGUUGCAUUCCUCGAAAUAAUACGCCGGCAGCCGAAAAUGACGGUGUUGGGCUGUUAGCUGCACCGGAACUUUUGCCUUGGAUCUGGAUAAUAAUAUCAUAACUAGCUAAGUAGCCGUGCGUUGCAAUGGAGAUACAAUCUACUAUCGCUUAGCUAGAAUGACAAAAGCGAAAGAAUUGACGUUUACAAUCUAUCAUUUGGAAAAUGACAGAUGUUCUUUAGUGACCCUGUUGCUUUCGAACAACGCAAAAAUGCAGCGUUCUUCGGUAGCGCUGGUGUUUUCGAACAACACGAAAUGCAGUGCCAUCAAAAUCCAUUAAGUACAAGAAUUCUGUUCACUUUACCGGUUAUACAGGACUGCAUCAACAACAAAAAUUGGUAUCUCACAAUUUUAUAUUUUACUGUUAUGCAAGUUUUUAAACAGAGGAAAGGAGACCACAUCAGAAUCACACCGAAUGGAGAUUAACAAGAGGCGGUUUUGAAGAGGAUGAACAGGCAACGCGUACGUUCAUGCACGGUGGCUCUCUUGGGCGAGCGGAGCACGACAUGGUGGGCCCGUUGACCACCUCUACCGCCUUCGGCGCCCUCAGGUCCAUGGAGCCCGCGUAGCGCCCCAUGCUCAUCCACAUACCAACCUUGCCAGCCGAGAAGACGGAUGGACAGUGCAGAGCUUUAAAAAAUGUUCUCACACAAACUACACUGUACCACUUCAGAUAAAGUUAGUUUCAAGAAUUAAAGUAAAAUGACAUGAAACAAGUCAAUGUUGUUGUGUACAAAGUGAUGCUUAAUUGAACAUGUCCUUAGAUUGAAACUUAAAAAAUCUGUAAAAUAAGAAGUAAGUGUAUAUUUGUCUCU